CUCCAAAAUCCUUAAUCCCCUUUUCUCCAGUUCCCGCCCAUUCCCCUUUCCGCCUUCUGAAGACCAGCAGCCAUGGGAGAGCGUAAGGUCCUCAACAAGUACUACCCGCCGGACUUCGACCCCUCCAAGCUUCCCCGAGUCCGGCGACCCAAGAACCAGCAAAUCAAAGUCCGUAUGAUGCUUCCGAUGAGCAUCAGAUGCAACACCUGCGGCAACUACAUCUACAAAGGCACCAAAUUUAACUCCCGUAAAGAAGACGUCGUCGGCGAGACGUAUUUGGGGAUUCAAAUCUUUAGAUUCUACUUCAAGUGCACCAAGUGCUCGGCGGAGCUGGCGAUGAAGACGGACCCGCAGAACUCGGACUACGUAGUGGAGGCCGGGGCUACGCGUAAUUUCGAGCCGUGGCGUAAUGAGGACGAGGUAGCGGAUAAGGAGAAGCAGAAGAGGGAGUCCGAAGAAAUGGGAGAUGCCAUGAAGUCUUUGGAGAACCGAACCUUGGAUUCAAAAAGGGAGAUGGAUAUUCUUGCUGCUUUGGAUGAGAUGAAGUCCAUGAAGUCAAGGCAUGCAACUGUGAGUGUGGAUGAGAUGUUGCAGGCUUUGCAACAUACAGUGGAAAACAAGGAGAAAAGGCUGGAAGAGGAGGAUGAAGCCGUCUUAAAAUCGAUCGUAUUCCAUAACUCAAAAGAUUAUGUUAGAAGGAUUCAUGAUGAUGAUUUAGAUGAUGAUGAAGAUUUAUUGGAGCCUUUAAGUGGCAACGGUGAAUCGUCCAGUCAUCUGUCAAAGAGACAAAAGCUUACUCAAGAUAAUAGCAAACCGACAGAUUCAUUGAUGAAAACCAGUAUUUUUGAUAGCUCGAGCAGCAGAGGGAAACAGAAUGGUUCCGAAGAUUCUAAAAUCAUUUUCAAGUCUCCAACUGUUAGGCUGUCUGUAAUUAAGAAACCAGUGGCGGCUAAAGUUAACAAUUUGGCAAUCGUAGAAGAGGGGAAACAAGUUGGUGAGGAGUCUAAGAAUUUGACUGGACCAGAUGAGAAAGAACAUAACAGCGAGAAUAAUACCAACAGUGGGAGCAAUGUAUUACAAUCGCUGUGCCAAAACUACGACAGUGAUGAUAGUGAUGAGUAGAUUGUGAAUGUCAUGUUACACAAUACUGAAUUGGCGAAUGUCUGCAGACAAGACUUACUUCCACAGACGAAAGAUAAUUGAAUCAUAGGCUUCUGUGUGCUCUGAUUGUUCACAAUAAGACCGGUGGAUCUUAUUGUUAUCAAACAGUGUCAAGUGUGUUUGCCUUCUGGUAAUUCAGAAUCAAUUGCAACGUAUGUGAUUAAGAAAAACCAGUUUUGGCUUU